AUGCCUGCAUUUGCUCCGCUCCUUGCUGCCUACCCUCCUCAUUGGCCUCCCCUCAGCCUUCCCCAGUGGGAUGAAGGGUUUGGCGAUUCCAUCAAUCAGCAAUGGACUCGGUUCCUCGAAUGGCUCACUCAACCCCAUGUCCUUCCCAUACUUCUGGCUUGGAUGGUCACAUUCACGGUGUUCUGUAUGGUCCUGGCGCUAGGCUUCCGCCGCGAUGGAGUCGGUGCCAGUACUCCUGCUGCGGCCUUCCAGUCGUACAUGUAUGGCGCUCUCACGCCGGCUGGCGGGAUAUUCGCGACUCUGACGAGCAUGGCUAUGCUGGGGACAUUCAUGCCUGUGGUAGUGCUCAUCGCUGCUGUUAUUGCCACGGCGGUUGCGGCCAUUGUGUGGAAGACUGGGCUGGGAGCCAAAUGA